AUGGAGAACUUCUUAACAUUUGAUGAAAAUGAGGGAGGCGGUAGUGACGAAGAAAAGACGCAGGAAAAAGAUUCUUCUUCCUCUCCUCAGGCAGGAAAAGGAAAGAAGCAACAGAAGCAGCAGCAGCAGCAGCAGAAGCAGCAAAAGCAGCAGCAGCAGCAGAAGCAGCAAAAGCAGCAACAGCAGCAGCAGCAGCAGAGGAUGAAGAAUAAGGGGAAGAGACCAUUUAAUAAAAGAAAUAGAGAUCAGCAGCAAAAAGAUUCUGCUGCUGCAGCAGAUGCAGCAGCAGAUAAAGAAAGCCCCAAAAAGAAGCAACGCAUGCAAGAUAAUAACAAUAAAGGAAACAUGAAGCAGCAGCAGCAGCAGCAAAAGCAGCAGCAGCACAACAACAAACCUGGCAAGCAGCAGCAGCAGCAGCAGCAUAAGCAGCAGAAGCAGAAGCAUAAGAAGGAGGAUACACAGGAUAAUACAUUUUCUUCUCUCUCUUAUAAACACUAA